AUGUCUGCCUUGGAUACAGGUAAAAUGGAAUCCUACCUAAAGUGGAAAAAGGAUCAAGUUCAAUUAUAUGAUGACAUUCUAAAAGAAAAUCAAGAGAAAAUUGAAGUUUUCUUAAACAACUAUAGAGAAUAUUUGAGACAUAAAAAAGAGAAAAGAACUUCUUCUGUUGUCAGGGAGGCUUUUGGAGUAGUAGAAAGCUUUCAGGACGUAAAUAGCUCCUACAAUAGAUUUCUCUCCCUUCUAAAAGACCAUUGGAAGUUUUGGAAAGAUAUCUUUCGCCAUCUAAGAAACAAUGAUGAUGGAAACUGGUUAUCAGAAGUAACAGGAAAUGAAGAAAGAAUCUCACCGACAAGCGAUAUCGAGACUUUUUUAGAUACCCCUGUCUCCCAAGACUUGCUUUUUGAUCCUCAAAAGUUGGAAGAAUUGUUCUCUGGAGAAGAAAGCCAAGUUCUGGAACCCAUCCAAUCAGCUAUCGAAUUUCUUAAUCAAAUUCAACAUUACGAUAAAGACACCACAGAGAUUCGUGAAUAUGCUCAGUCUAUUAUUCGUACCGAUAUCUACAGAGUUUUCGUAUUGAAAUAUUUAUUAAGGGAAAGCCCAGUACCGGAAUUCUCUUUGGAAUCUUCUCAGCAGGAUGCCCUCGUCUCUGAGAUCUUAGAAAGUGAUUAUUUCCUCUUUUUUUGCCUUCUUGUGUGUUCUGGAUUGAUUGCUCUUCAAAGUAUCUUUAGAAAGACUAGUACAUCCAAAGAGACAAUGAAUGCCUUGGGAAAGAUAUCAUAUGCAGUAUCUAUUCUUGGCCCAAUUCUACAUGGGAUGUGGAUACUAUCAAAUGAAAAUUAUAGUGAAGGGAUUAUUAAAGUAAUAAGCAGUAACUGGAAUGUGAUUGCAAGUAUGGCUCCUAUGUUUCUUGUUCUUAGAGAUAUUAAAUACAUAAAGAAUGGAGAACUAAUGACAUCAGAAGGGGCAACAGCCAUAGGAGGCCAUGGCGUAAUUGUGGCCAUGAGCAUGAUCAUGAUGUGUGCACAAACACUUGGAAAGAAACAUGAGGGAGAAUAUAGUAGACAAACAAUGGUAUUUAUGGCUGGAAACAUCAUAAUGACAACAAUGUAUGGUGCGAAGUUAUUUGGGCCAUGGACUAAGAGCAGGAAUCAUUUUAUUAUACUCGGAUACAUUGUGUUUGCACUUAUACUUUUCUUAAUGGUUAUGAUGAGUGAAAAGAAAAAGAUAAAGAAUCGAACUAAUGACAAAACAGAAUGGAUGGGGGUGCUCCAGUGGAUUAUAAUAUGCACGUUUCUUAUACUUGGACUACAAAAACCUGAGUUUCACUGUCUUCAGUAUGCUAAAAAUGAAAUUAUAGUUUCAUGA